GCUGGUUAAAGAGGCUUGCUCCCUUCUCGCUUACUCCCCAUCCCGCACUGCCCCACCGCGCCGGCCCCGUCUCCGACUCCGACACCCCCCGGCGGCGCGCGCUCGCCGAGCUCGGUCGCGCUGCGGUUCGGAUCCCCCGGAGGCACAGGCGUGCGGCUUCGGCGCCGGCGAGGGUCGGCGGCGGUCGCGAUGGCAUCCGACGGGCGCGUGGAGCGGAUCGCGUCCAGCAUCCGCGCCAUCCCCAACUUCCCCAAGCCAGGGAUUUUGUUUCAGGACAUCACAACCUUGCUUCUCGAUCCACAGGCAUUCCGUGACACCACAGACCUCUUUGUGGAGCGGUACAAGGACAAAAGCAUAACUGUAGUUGCUGGUGUUGAAGCCAGAGGAUUCAUUUUUGGCCCCCCUAUUGCAUUAGCCAUAGGUGCGAAGUUUGUUCCAAUAAGGAAGCCGAAAAAACUACCUGGUGAGGUGAUAUCGGAAGAAUAUUCUCUGGAAUAUGGCACUGACAAAAUCGAAAUGCACGUAGGAGCUGUGCAGCCCAAUGACCGGGUCCUUAUUGUGGAUGAUCUAAUUGCCACAGGGGGAACCCUUUGUGCCGCUGCCAAACUUAUUGUAACCAACAACCACUUUGGCCGACGUGGCAGCUACCACGCACAAUUGAGCAACUGCUUCUCACCUGGACACUCUGGAUGCCCAAUAGGUAGCCACAAAGGCUUCUCGAGGUAGUGCAGGUAUGCCUAGGGUCAGAUGCAUUUGUCUGGCUCCAACCCAAAUACUCUUGCUCGCAUAGAUUUGGUUUGCAUAUAGGCAAUAAUUUUGUCUUUGGGUGACAAGGUUCAAGUAAUGUGCAUUGAGCUAUUUCAUGAGCGUUCCAUGGAACCCCCCUUAACAGUACGACUUACAUAUAUACGCCCAAUGUAAGCUUGAUCACUUAAGCCUAGGAAAAACUUUUGUUCUUUUGGUUUUGCUGUCUUUUAACUUUUUAGUUUGGGGAUUCGUAAUAUCGCUAAACUUCACUUUCGUGGUACUAAAUCUGAGCUUUCACUGAUGAAAAUUAUUAGCCCCUUGAUGGCUUGUCAUUUAUUACCAAACCCCACUGGGGUGGAAUGCACUUUCAAAUGGUAACAUACCUGCCAAGUUCUGCACGUUAUGCAGUCCAAUUAUGCUUAUAUUAGUGCAUCUCCAAUAACAGCCCUAUUUUUGGGCACGAAAACAGGGUGUUGUAAUAAAAUUUUGGCGCAAAAUUUCGUCACGAUGAGGCGCCGUCGCAAACAGCUGCCCUAAAAUAGAGCACCAAGAUCAACAAAACCAAUUUUGUUUUGAACUAACAUUUGAACUACCAUAUACUCCCUCCGUCCCAAAAUAACUGUCUCAAGUUUAGUACAACUUUGUACUAGAGCUAGUACAAAGUUGAGACACUUAUUUUGGGACGGAGGGAGUAUCAUAUUUAAAACAAAGUUCGGCCGAAGUUUGAACAUGCAAACUACAAACAUAGUUCAAAUACUACAUGCCACUUAAACUACCAACUUAAACUAUGGCAAGCAAACUACGAACACUACAGAUUCUCCUAGUCGAUAUCAUUGGACCCAUCACUCCUGCCGUUGUAAUCAACAUCGACCACACCAGAGGCUCCUAUAUUCUUCUUCUUGCCCUGUGAUGACGAAGGCCUUGCCUUGUCGUUGUUCUUUUGCUUCUUGGCGUCCCUCUUCCAGAGUUCUUGUAAAACUCCAUCUCAGCUUGCACAUACUCUGGCUGUGCCCUAACAAAUGCCCUCAUGGCCUCAUCGUCGCUCUCUCUGAUGUUGUCCUGCUCGUCGACAACAAUGCGGAUAGCCGGUUAGAUCGGGCUCGACUCGAUGUCACCGGCGGCCCGACGAGCCCCGGAUCCAUCCGAGACUUAAUCUUUGGGAAAUUGAGCUUUGGGCGGGAAUGGGAGGCGGCAGCACGAUUUGUCGGUCCGGCGGCCGCGCUGUGCGGCGGGCGAGUGGAUCCGGCAGUGGCAGGGUGCGGCAGCCGCGGAUCUGCAGGCGGCGGCACAGGUGUGUGCCUGAGCGUGGGGAAGAUGGUCUGGGUCAUGGCUGGAGGCCGUUUUGGUUUUACGGCAGCAACCGAAGUGCUGUAUAUUUGCAGCACUUUGUGCUGUUUCUUUAGGGCUGCCCAAUUUGCAAUUGGGCAGCUGUUGGAGGCUGUUUUUUUGCCCUAAAAAUGCCUCGUGCCCAAAAAUAGGGCUGCUAUUGGAGAUGCUCUUAGAGGUGUGAAUUGGUGACCCUUAGGGUGCUGACAUCACUUCCGGAAAACUAGUUCAUUUGUUUGAACUAAAGAGUGUUAGAGGGUACCCUAAAGGUUAUUUGCACCCAAAACUUAGUACAUUUCUUUCGUAUUGUUUAUCGUAUGGCGAUUUAUUAAUCUUAAUUAUGUCCUUCUAUGUUGUAGAGCGUGUUGGAG